AUGGCUUCCGCUCGACGUAGUUGGCGUCUCGAUUCUAAAGAAAUUUUUGAUGUUUUGGUAAAUGAUGUUGACUCAGACAUUGAGGAAGACCCGGAAAUUCAAAUUGAAGAGGUAAUUCAAGACUUACAUGAGGUGGUUUCGGUCCAAGAUCAUGAAAAUGAUGAUGCUGACAUGUCAGAGAACGUAUCUGAACCAGAACAGGGUCGAAGUCGAGGUCGCUCGAGACCUACACUUCGAGGCAGAACGAGAUCGCGCGGCGGACGCGUUCGGUCAGGGGCGCGCUCGACUACCCGCUGCAGCAGCGGCAGACAUGCAUCAACUUCUAUCAGGGAAAUGGAUGAAGCUAAUGGAUGGUCAUACGAAGCAGUGCAGCAGCCGCCGGAAAAUCCAGUAUUUCAAGAAAUAUCUCGCGUAUUAGCCCCGAUUGAUGAAAAUUCGUCACUGUUCGAUUGUUUCUCAAUUUUUUUUCCUGAUUCUUUUUGGAAAUUGCUCAAGACUGAAACAAAUCGUUAUGCAGCUCAAAUGAAGGCUAAACAAACGCGACAAGGUAUCCUGAAACCUGGCACUAUGCUUUAUCAAUGGAAACCAGUCACGAAACAGGAACUGAAAACAUUUUUUUCCGUAGUGAUUCAUAUGACACUCGUUCAAAAAGAAAGUUUUGAUUCUUACUGGUCAACUCGUGAAAUAAUAGAAACUUCAUUCGCCAGAAAGCACAUGAAUAGGAACCGAUUCAGAGCUAUUUACAGCUGUCUUCAUUUGAACGACAACUCAAAUUAUAAACCACGUAAUGAUCCAGAAUACGAUGCUUUUUUCAAACUCAGACCGUAUUUCGAUGAACUGUGUUUUUUGUGUGAGAACAGUUUUUAUCCCAAUGAAAACUUGACGAUUGAUGAGGGCACUUGUGGAUUUAGGGGUCGAGUGCACUUCAGAGUUUACAAUAAAGAUAAGCCCGAUAAAUACGGUAUGAAAGUCUACAUGCUAUGUGACGCGGAAACGGGCUACAUACUACGCAUGGUUCCCUAUGUUGGCGACUCAAAAUCUGUCGAGACUAUUAUCGCUGAAUUGAGUGAACCAUAUUUUGGUAAAUGGCACACCAUUUAUAUGGAUCGUUUUUUUACGAGUCCGACAAUUGCGGACUUGCUUUGGCUGAAAGAAACUCGCACUGUAGGCACAGUGAUGGCGAAUCGUCGUGGUCUGCCACAGGUUUGGCGACAACAACCGUUGGAAAAAGCUGAAAUGGCUUUUUUGUCACCGCGGCAAUCUAACUGCCUGUAA